AUGGCCACUCCGAUAGCGCAAGCUGAAGAGAGGGACCUAAGGGAGGCGUUGACCAGGAGCAGAUUGGAAGGUCCGUUUACAACUGUGUCUAAUCCUGAGAUGAAUAAGGUAGUGAAGGUCAUACAUAACAAUCAUGUAUCACUCAGUUUGGGUGGCUACUCUACGGAAUAUGGUUCUACUUCAUAUAUGAAUAGACCAUCCGGGGUGCCCUUAAAGAAUACUAAGCCUCGACGAAGACCUUAUAUCUGGAAAAGACAGGAGCAGAAGAGGAAACCACUAAACAUUCUUCAGGAACUGUAUGGGAGUGAAACAGGAAAGGAAAAGACUGGAAUGAAAAGGAAG